ACAACACAAAGCCACAUUCAACAUUGGUCAACAAGGUUGCAGAACAGAGCUUGUUAUUUUUUAAACUAUCCAAUGUACUAAGUUACCAUGCCUCUCUUGAAAACGGUUCCUAGCUUCAAAUAAUGCUUUGCCACACAUCAUCCAGAGGUCCAUCACCUAGCCUCACCUAGCCACACAUUGCUGCCAUGGCUCAUGUUAACAGUUACCUUUCUAUUCAACUGCUAUUCUUUACUGAGGGGCUCUCUCAGCUGGUGAGAACACAGCAGGUUGUCACAGCAACCCUGGGAGAGGACGCUCACUUCAGCUGCAGGCUCAUGAAACCCAAAGACGUGCUUCAAGUCACCUGGCAGAAAGUGACACCAGGGGGGACUGAAAAUGUGGCCACCUACAACAAACGAUUUGGACCAGUAGUCAACCCACCUUUUCAGAGGAACGUUGAGUUUGAAGACGAGGGUCUGCAGAACUGCACUAUCGUCAUCAGAGGAGUGUCAAGAGGAGAUGAGUCCUGCUACAAGUGUCUGUUUAACGCCUAUCCAGAAGGAGCUAUCAGCGGCAGGACCUGCCUCCAAAUUAAUGAGCUGUAUGGACCCUCACUCCUCAUCACACAAACCAACAACAGUCACACCACUCUGUCCUGUUCUGCUACUGGACGACCUGUUCCUAUAGUAACCUGGGACCACAUAGAAAACAUCAGUCUAGACAAAUCCACCAUGGCUGAUGUCACCCAUUCCAAUGAAACAGUCACUGUCACCAUAACUGCCAUGGUGGCAGCGUCCAGUCUACCUGACAAAGACACCAGGGUUAGGUGUGUAGCGUCAUCCCGUGGUGCCGUCAAGGAGGUUUCCAUGGUGAUUCCAACUAGGGAUCAAGCUUCAUUUGCAGGUCAAUCUCAGGUCUCUGAUGAUGACAGGAUCAGUGGUGCAGUGGUUGGUGCAGUGAUUGGUGCAGUGCUGGGUUCAGUGUGUCUCAUUGCUGUAUUCUGUGUAAUAUGGCUGCAAAAGAGGAGAAAAGAUACCUCUUCCAGAAAACCCCAGUUCCUGACCCUGAAAUCAGCAGAACUCCCUUAAAGACACCACCAACAUCCAAACAUGUCACACCAACCUCCAGUCCAUCACAAAUGUCACACUCGUCAACCAGCUCACCAAACAGCUCAGCGAUCAAGCGUAGGUUGACUAAGAACUCCAGUCCGUCACAAAUGAUACCAUCCCUCAGCUCGUCUGACAAGCGCAGGAUACAACCAGCUCAGGAGGCUGUAAAGAGAUUAUCUCCUGAGAGACCAGAUGACCUGCAAUGUAGAAGGAAACUUUUAGAGGGUUACGAGGACUGAGUGACUACCAUACUGUCUCACACACAUCUGUGUGGUUCAGAGACCGUUUCUAUCCAUAGGCAUUGUGGGUACUGAAUAGUGGACUGAAUGGCCUACACACAUAGGCCUGCUGGUUAUUGUAUAUGUAAAUACAGUAUGAAAAUAUAGUUUGUAGUUGGUUAAUGAUGAAACAUGAUAAAUCCACACUACACUUGUUUGUGUGUUUAUUCUUCACUUUUUUAUAAAUCAAGUGUUGUGAUAUUAUAACCUACACAAUAUCAUAAUGUAGACUACUUUCAUGGUGUGUUGUGAUAUUAUAACCCACACAAUGUCAUAAUGUAGACUACUUUCAUGGUGUGUGUUUUUGUGUGUGUGUGUGUGUUUUCUUUCUUCACUUUUUAUAAAUCAAAUGCUGUAAGAUACACAAUGUUGUGAUGUCCUUUGUUGUGUGUUUGUUUUCUACUUUUAUAAAUAAAAUGUUUAAACAAUGUUGUAAUGUAUGUUGUGACAUCGCUUGUUAUACAAUGUGUCAUAAAUCUGCUGCUGGAAAUGC